GAUGGUAGACAUGAGAAUUCACAAAAAUCUGCAAUCUUAGAAAUGUUACAAUAUGAGAACUGGCAAAUGUAUUUUGCAUUAAACAAUACUCCAGACUUCUUUGAAAAACCAAAAGAAUAUAGGAUGAGAUAA